AUGCCAAAAAUUUAUGUACCUAAAUAUGAGAAGGGUCAAUUUGACGAUGUAGUGGAAGAAAAAAUUUCAAGUGAUAUGUCAAGAGAUAACCAUAAAAAUCAUUAUGCUAUAAAUAUAUACGUGUGUCCUUGUUCAUCUUUUGAAGCGAAAUUACAAAAUCAUAUGAAAAUUCUAAGCGAUGUUGAUACUAGUAACUUCUCAUCAUCUGUAACAAACGAUAUAAAAAUGAGUAACAAGAAAGCUCAAGGAGAAAAACAAAAAUAUAGUGAUAAAUCAGACCGUGCCACAACAGAACAAGUAUUAGAUCCACGUACAAGAAUUAUAUUAUUUAAAUUAAUAAAUAGUAAUUUAAUAUAUGAAAUCAAUGGUUGUAUAAGUACAGGAAAAGAAGCAAAUGUAUAUCAUGCAACAACAGAGUCAAAUGAUCACAGGGCUAUAAAAGUUUAUAAAACCUCAAUAUUAAUAUUUAAAGAUCGUGACCGUUACGUAACAGGAGAAUUUAGAUUUAGACAUGGAUAUAAUAAACAUAAUCCACGCAAAAUGGUAAAAUUAUGGGCGGAAAAGGAAAUGAGAAAUUUGAAAAGAUUAUGGCAAGCUAAUUUACCAUGUCCAGAACCUAUUUUGUUAAAGUUGCAUGUAUUAGUGAUGAGUUUUUUAGGUGAUAAAAAUGGAUGGGCAUAUCCAAGACUAAAAGACGCAAAUAUUAAAUCAGAUAUUUAUCCAGAAUUGUACUAUCAAAUUAUUAAAAAUAUGAGGAUUAUGUUUCAUAAAUGUAGGCUUGUUCAUGCAGAUUUAAGUGAAUACAAUUUAUUAUAUAACUCAAGGAAACUAUAUAUUAUAGAUGUGUCACAAUCUGUAGAACAUGAUCAUCCGCAUGCUUUAGGAUUUUUGAGAAAAGAUUGUGAUAAUAUUACGGAAUAUUUUCGGAAAAAAGAUGUAAAAGUGAUGAAUAUCAAAGAACUAUUUGAUUUUAUUACAGAUUUAGGAUUCGGGAUAGAGGAUGAACAAAUUGACAAUGAGCUUGACAAGAUUCAAGAAAAAAUGAAUCUACAAGAGCAACAAGAAAUAGGAGAAGACAAUACUGAUAAAGGAUCUAAAGAAUCAAAAAAUUCUGUUGAUGAAGAAGUAUUCAAAAAGUCCUUCAUACCAAGAACAUUAAUUGAUGUGAUUGAUGCUGAGAGAGAUACUGAUAUAAUAAAUAAGGGUGAUGGUGAUGAGUUGAUUUAUCGUAAACUUGUGGGUCUUUCAAUAUCUAACGACAACAAUACAAUUUCUAGAGGGAAAAAAAAUAUGGAUAAAGAGGCUAAAAAAGAACAUAAAAAACUUGUCAAAGAAGUAGCAAGAGACAAAAGAAAGAAUAAAAUGCCAAAAUCUGUAAAGAAAAGAAGAAUUAAAAAUACUUCUGGUAAGAAAAAAUAA